CAUAACUACACGAACAUGAGGAAGGAUACUAUUUUUAUGUGCUGUUUCCUUUUUUUAAUUUCAUACAAACUGACCAAAGGCCAAAAUGAGUACUGGACACCUGUAGAUCAAGUGGUGACCGCUGCAAUUACGAAGGAUGAAGCAGAUGUCAAUGUAGAUCUAGAUGAAGUAUAUGAUUACGAACAAUAUGAUUAUAAUUUUUCAAAUUCGUUUGGAUUGGAAUUGUUGCUGAUUAUCUGGGAUAAACUAAGAUUUAAAGUGAAAUUUGUAUCUCCCCAAGGAGUUUCUGCAAACAUUGUGAGCGCGCUACCGCAAAUGGUAUCUCAAGGAGAAGCGAAUUUCUCGGUUGUUGCAACUGUUUUCGGACCUGAGGAAACGAAAGGACUAGUUAUAACGCAACCAACGCACAGUACAAGAUUUAAGCUAUUUAUUCAGUCUCCAACAAGCGUUUCAACAUCUCUCAGUCUCGGAAAAGUUUUUACACCAGUUUUGUGGCUUGCAUUAGUGGUCUCAAUGCUUAUGAUGGGUGUAUUAUUAAUUUUCAUUGAGUUUGUGGGACAGAAAGCCAAAAUAAGGUCGUACCUUGCGACGCCGGCUGACAUCGGCCAACUGGUCAUUAUCGUCAUCGGCUGCUUUUGCUACCAAGGGGCGAUUCAAAUCGCUUCAGGUUGCUCAGGACGGAUCCUGGUUUGGACGAGUCUCAUAUGCGGAUACUUGAUUUACGUUACCUUCAAUACGGAGGUCAUUUCUCAACUGACAACCGUCAGUUUCAAGCCACCUUUUGACUCGCUUGAAGACAUGGCAGCAAAAGGUACGCACAAACUAAUCGUACGGAACGACACUUCGCUGCUUGACAACAUUAAGAUCACGCGAGUAAAUAAUGGCAAGAGAGGUAUAAUGGCUGAUUUGUGGGACCAGUUGCUUCCAACGAAGCUGAAAGCUGAAAAUCUUUACAACGACAAGAAAGAUAUCCCGAGAUUGUGUAAAGAAAAUGUGGCUUUUCUGGAUUCUGAGCUGGCCAUCCCUCCCAAAGCUCAGCAGGUGGCCAAAUGCAACGUUAUGACAUUGAAAGAUAGCUAUUUUCGAUCCAAUCUAGGCUUUGUACUUAGCCCAUUGAACAACGCAACCUUAAAUCGACAAAUAAUUAAAUUGAUUAAUCGUAUGAGGGAAACAGGCAUAAUCAACAGAGUGAGAAGAAACAUUGAUCAACCCGAUGUCGGACCUUUAAAGCCGCUGCCCGACUUGAAUCCAAUCGACAUUCAAACCCUCAUUCCGAUGCUAAUAGUCCUUUAUGUGGGAAUGUUUGCUAGCAUAGUAGUUUUAGGCUUGGAAAUCGCAUUUAAGCGAGGUGGCGAAGAGCUCAUCAGGAAGCUGGAAGAAAGGGGCUACCGCAGCUGGAAGGAUAUAGUUUGCUUUUGGCGCGUGAAAAAGAACAAUAUCGAAGGAGAAAGCUCGAGUGAAGACGAGGAAAGCGACACUGAUGUGGAGCAACAAACGAAGAAGCCUGUUUCAGUGCCAACGAUUAAAUUUACUAACACACCGCAAUAUCCAGUAAAAGUUAAAAGCGUUUCCGAAAACAAAAAAGUGAAAGUGAAUCCAGAGAAAAAAUCCAAUUUUCUUGCUCCUCCAAUUAAGCGCAAAGAGCCGAAGUCGUUCCAAGAACUGCACAAUUACGUGAAUCAACAGAUGAGCCAGAGGGCAGACGACACGCGGCCGCCGCUUCCACUGCGCAGACAAAACCGAGUUGCCGACCUGAACACGAAUCUGCCAGAACCAAUCAAGGCCAGUUUCACGCCACAAUACCUGGACAAGAACGUAUUGCAAGACAUAGACUCGAGCCAGGAGAGCAACCAAUUCGAAAGUCCUCGUCCUGAUAGGUUUAAAACACCCAGUCCGCAGGUGGAAAGAAGCCCACAACUCCCUGCGCGGCGCCGGAGAGUCGUUACGCCACCAAAAAGAGCAGAGGAGCCGGCGCCGGAAAAAAGGUCACCCACUGCUGCUGCUCCAGUUGCUCCUCGAUACGAUCCGCAGGAGUUGGUGCGACAGAAGCCCUCCAGGGAAGAUAUUCUUAGAAAACCAACGCUACCUGAGCAACUACCUGAGAAUAGAAGGGUAGCUCGGCGCGUAGAGAGGCCAGUUUUAGAUGGAGUUGUGAUACAGAAUGAAAAUAGGUCGGCUGGCAGUCGGAUGGAUUUGAUGCCUAUAAACUUGAACCAACGGCAUCAAAGACGGCGAGAGAGUCGGCAAAAUGAACAUCAUAACAGCAAUGUUUCAAUUGAUUUAGAGCAGCACUCGAUCAUAGAUGCUAACUUUGCUCAGAGAAUGCGCUGGAAUUGAGAUCCAUUCAGCAGAGUGAAUAAGCUUUUAGUUUUGUAUUUCAUAAUCUUCAAUGUCAUUAUCU